UCUUCCUGGAUCCGUAGUGGGCGGAGUGGCCCUCUACGUGAGACUCGGUUUUCUCGGUAGGAGUCAUGGCCACGCGUCGAGCUCUGCACUUCGUAUUCAAAGUGGGGAACCGCUUCCAGACGGUGCAUUUCUUCCGAGAUGUCCUGGGGAUGCAGGUUCUACGCCAUGAGGAGUUUGAAGAAGGCUGCAAAGCUGCAUGUAACGGGCCUUAUGAUGGGAAAUGGAGUAAAACGAUGGUGGGAUUUGGGCCUGAGGACAAUCAUUUUGUUGCAGAAUUGACAUACAAUUAUGGAAUCGGAAACUACAAGCUUGGCAAUGACUUCAUGGGAGUCACACUUGCUUCCAGCCAGGCUGUCAGCAACGCCAGGAAGCUGGGGUGGCCACUCAGUAAAGUUGCAGAUGGAGUUUUUGAGACGGAGGCCCCAGGAGGAUAUAAGUUCUACUUACAGGAUGCAAGUCCACCGCAGUCAGAUCCUGUGUUAAAAGUCACUCUAGCAGUGUCUGAUCUCCAGAAGUCCUUGAACUACUGGUCUAAUCUCCUGGGAAUGAAAAUUUAUGAGCAAGAUGAGGAGAAGCAAAGGGCUUUGUUGGGUUACGCUGAUAACCAGUGUAAGCUGGAGCUGCAGGGCAUCAAGGGUGCAGUUGACCAUGCAGCAGCCUUUGGAAGAAUUGCCUUUUCUUGUCCUCAGAAAGAGUUGCCAGACUUAGAAGACUUGAUGAAAAGGGAGAGCCAAUCGAUCCUGACUCCGCUGGUGAGUCUGGAUACCCCAGGGAAAGCGACAGUGCAAGUGGUCAUCCUGGCUGACCCUGAUGGACAUGAAAUUUGCUUUGUUGGGGAUGAAGCUUUUCGAGAACUUUCUAAGAUGGAUCCAAAAGGAAGCGAAUUAUUGGAUGAUGCAAUGGCCGCAGACAAAAGUGAUGAGUGGUUCGCUACAAGAAAUAAACCCAAGGCGUCGGGGUAGUGGAAGACACCUGAGCAGCACUCACAAGUCCGUCUAGCGUUUAUCUGUUACUGGAAAUGCUCCCACCACUUGCUUGUGUCCUGCAUAGACAAGGAGGCCUGUGUGUAGUUUCACUCUUCAAAGCUUUAUGUUUUAGAAAGUAUUUUUAUCACCCUCGGUAGAGGUGAAUUCCUACUGUAAUUGUAUUAAAUCUGGUAGCAAAUUAUUGUCCAGACUGAGACAGCCAUUACUCUUGU